AUACACGCAUGCUGGUUUGUCACCGGAGGGUUUGGGCGGGAGUCCUGCUGCUUCUGUAUAGCUUUGACAUCAUAUAAUGAGCUCAUCUAAUCGCAUCAGUUCAGUCCGUGUUUUACACGUUGCCUGGGAACAACAAGGUCCCUUUAAUUCACUGCAUAUUCUGAAUAUUCGGCACGACUCUGCCUCAUUUCCCACUAACGACUUUAACGCGAAGUACAGACGCAAAAAGUCGCUGUAGAUUUAGAAAUAGCUAAAGCGGUUGAAACAUGCGGUGAAAACAAUCUUUCAUUACCGAGAGCAGCGGGGGAAAGCCUGUGAGUAACGUUCUUUUCAUUCAGGAAUUACCGGACUCUCUUCAGUGGAAGCGCGUGCCCAAGCGCUGUAGUCGCACCGAGCGCGUGAACUGGACACAACCGCGUCCGCGGGUCCGGUGAAACCGCUCCUCAUCUGAGGCACCACAAAGUAUGAAUGAGCUCUGUGAUCCUUGACAUGAAGUUCAGUAGGACGGACAGCUCUCCCCUCCCACAGGCAGAAAUUUCUUCCAACCCAUCACUCUGACGGACAGACAACUCACAUCCCAUAAACCACCAGGCACAAAACGGGCACCGAAAACUCAGCCAUUCUCUGAAAACAAAAGUUCUGAAGAUGAUCUCAACAGGAUUUGUAGUUUACCGACGAUUGGACGUUUGAGUCUGAAGGUCCCGCAAACUCAUGAAGCUUCAGACACCAAGAGCCCAAUCUUCCUUAAAGGAUGACGAUCAGAGCAGCAUCUACAUUGUAUAAUCGAUUUACUUGUCCAGAAUAAGUCUAGAAGUUUUGUCUGGAUGGUUUGAACCAGGAUGGCCAAGCCGUCCUACAGACUGCAGCACUUUUUAAGGCGAGCUCACUUGCUCCUGUUUUUUCUCGGUGUGGCUUACAUCAUGGCAGGGAGCGUUUUACUACUUCAGCGCUCUAGUGUGGUAACAUUUCAGAGGGACACAGAAACAGUGGCACUCCCUUCCCUACCAGCGCCACCUAGAGCCCUGGAGGGACCUGCUGUAAGGUGGCUGUACAGGAGGAACAUCAUCCAGGAGAUAGAAAAUCUUGAUCACACAGACAACAGAAAUGACCAGAAGCACCUCAUAACUCCUAACCUGGAGAUUAGGCAUCUCAGACGCCACUGGUUUCAAAGCAGUGCUGAACAGAAAAGCUUUUCUGAACAUCAUUUACUACAAAAGGAAGCAAGACAAAAAGGGACCUACAUUGGAUGUUUCAUAAAUAAUGAGACGGAGCAUGCACUCGGCGGGACCAUUCUGUAUGAUUUUCGUAAAAUGACCAGCACCUUGUGCCAGGACACCUGCUCAGAGAGUGGUUUCCGGUAUGCAGGAUUGGAGUUUGGAUCAGAGUGUCACUGUGGGAAUCGCGUGUGUGCUCGUCGGGCUCGAGGAGAGGACUGUAAUCUGGACUGCCGGGGAGAGAAGGGAUCCCCAUGUGGAGGGGUGGGACGCAUGUCUGUUUACAGGGUUGAGGAUCGUCUUCCAGGACAGAGGAGAUACAGAACUGUGCACUACCACGGCUGUUACAAAAGGCCAAAGAACUCAACGGCUGACCUCCUGAUCCACACCUCUGGACCGACACACACUCCUCAGCAGUGUAUUGAGAGCUGUACAGAUCAGGACCUGCCACUGGCUCUUUUGAGAGGACAGGACUGUUUCUGCAGCCGUGCCUCAUUUCUUUUGACAAUCCAGAUGAGUGAAAAUGACCAAAUGUGCAAGAAGGCCAACCAAACAAACCAGACUUCCCUUCAUGACCUCGACUUCUACUGGGUGUACAGCACUCCGGUGCUAGAUGCAACGUGCAAAGAAAGGUCAUUUCUGGCCCAGAAGUCCAGCUCUCUUGUGGCCCUGUCCAGUUUUCCAGGAGCAGGAAACACUUGGCUGCGUCACCUGAUCGAACUCGUCACCGGAUUCUACACCGGCAGCUAUUACUUUGACGGAUCUCUGUACAAUAAAGGUUUUAAAGGAGAGAAGGAUUACUGGCAGAGCGGGAGAGUGGUCUGCGUCAAGACUCAUGAAAGUGGCCAGCGAGAGAUCCAGAUGUUUGACUCUGCCAUCUUGCUGAUGCGAAACCCGUACCGCUCUCUGAUGGCAGAGUUCAACCGCAAGUGUGCAGGACACCUGGGCUACGCAUCCCACGCUCACUGGAGGAGCAAAGAGUGGAGUGAGUUUGUGGACAGCUACUCGUCCUGGUGGGUGUCUCACGCUCUGGCCUGGCUGCGCUUUGCCCACCGCUUGUUAGUGGUGCAUUUUGAAGACCUCCAGAAAGAUGUCGUCCCCCAGAUAAAAACAGUCACCGCUUUCCUAAACAUCAGCAUCCCAGAAGAGAGGCUUCUGUGCAUAGAGAGUGACCGAGACGGACAUUUCAAACGCUCAGGAUCUCAUAACCUGAACUUUGACCCCUUCAGCCCAGAGAUGAGAGCUCGGAUUGACCAGUACAUUCAGACGGUGGAUAAAGCCCUGCGGGACAGAAACCACAGCGGCCUGCCACACCAAUACAUGCCCAGGUGAUGGAGGGAGCGCACGCAAACACAAAGUGCCUGAGUAAAAAAAAAACACAACCUUUCAAAUGCUGUGUGUUUGUCUGUUGGUUUGUUUGUGGUGAUGUUGUCACCCGUUUACAGACUGUGCACUUUGUAUGCUUUAUUAAACAGAAUAAUUCACA